CUUCCAUUCUCAAAAGUCUUUUAACAGAUCUCUCUAAUAUUCAUCUUUUGAAAAUGGGAAAUGCAUCAAUCACUCUAUGCUUUAAUCAAAACACAAAUUUAUCGUCGUCGUCUUCUUCAGUUAAGCUCAUUUUUUGGGAAGGAACGUCAAGAUCACUGAAAGGAAAACAUAUAGCUGGCGAAAUAAUGUUCGAAUUCCCAGAAAUGAUGGUUUGUCAUGCAGAUUCUUUCUUCAUAGGACAUCCAAUUCCAGUUUUAUCAAUAGAUGAUGAACUUAUGCUUGGUCAAACUUACUUUAUUCUACCUAUUGACCGUUUUGCUAUUGACACCCUCUCUGUUUCUUCAAUCUCAGCUUUUGGAUCUAACCCUAAUAAAUCUCCUAUUAAAUUUGGGAAGUGCCCUUUUGAGUAUUUAAAAGGUUCUAAUGGAAGAGUUGUUAUUAAGGUUAUGCCUGAAUUUAUUACUAAUCUUAUCUAUGGUGAUAAAGAAAUGAAUAAUGAUGGAACACCUUAUAGCAACGGUUUUCUUUGUAGUACUCCUGAGUUGAAAAAACAUUAUGAACAACUUGUGAAAUCUAAGGAUCAAGUUUGGUCUCCUAAGCUUGAAACUAUUACGGAAUAUAAGGUUAGAUUUUCACCAUGUAGGUUCAUAGAAUGGAAAGAAAAAGAGAAGCCAAUGGAAUUGUUUACUAAUAGAAUGUAAUAAUAUUCAUGUAAUUUUAAUUUUGAUGCUACUAAUUGUUAAUAGUUAAUUAUAUAGUUGAAAUGUAUACAUUGAUUAUUUAUAUAUA